AUGAUUCAGUGUAUUACAGUUGGUGGCUCGGAGGUCAAGGUGCUCACUUCUGACGCAAAGCCAGGGUAUAUCGGUCUCGCCUCGAAGCAGGAGAAGGAACAGGGGGUCUGUACCGGUGUCACUGAGUUCUGUCUGCCAGCAUCGAUAACACCUUAUGCUCAGCCGGGGUUGCUGGGUAAGCGCAAUGAGGCACCGCGACCUCGGCCCAGAGCAAGAGAAGGAACAGGGGGGAUGUACCGGUCGGAGCGCUGGCCGGAGGAGGAGUCCCCCUCGCGGCGCUCCUCCCGGCGCUCGUCGGGGCGGCGCGCCAGCCUGCCGCGCGAGCUGUCGCCCCCCGCGCCCCCCGCCGCCGCCUCCCCGCGCCGCAACAAGCCGCACCAACUCGACUUCCUCGUCACUGGGAAGCAGAUACUCAAGAAGAGUGACCGCGCGAGCUCGCUGCCGGGCGCGUACCACCGCCGCCUGUCGUCGGAGGCCGGCGCCAGCAAGCCGCGCAAGCUGACGGAGUCCCCCCGCCGCGCCCCGCGCCCCCCUCCCCCCGCCGCGCCCUCCACGCGGGACGCCGCGCUCGACGAACAGCUGUCGCUCGACCUGUCACAGAUCCAGGCGCUGGCGACGUCGACCCCGCGCCCCCCGCGCCCCCAUGGCCGCAGCGCGUCCGUGCAGAGCGCGCCGCACCGCCUGCGCCGCGCCCCCGCCCCUACUCCCGCACCUACGGAGGUCGACUACUCCUCCGUGUCCCCCGAGUACUCCGGCCAGUCCUCCGCCGAGCUGUCGCCGUCGCGCGGCUCGCGGGACCAGCUCGUCUCCAGUUGCUGCGUGAGCACGUGGCCGGAGUGUAGCGAGACUGACACGGCCGUGGAGAGCGGCGGGGGCGCGGGGAGCGAGGGGGGCGCGGGGGGCGCGGGGCGCGCGCCCUGCGACGGCGAGUGGUGCUCCUUCUGGGCGAACUACAACAACUCGAUGCCGCACGUGCCCGUGCAGAGCUACUACGACCAAUGCCCCACCCCGUACCGCACCGACACGCUCGACCUGGCCGACUUCACGGAGCCCAGCCUGCCGCCCGAGCUGGACAGCCCGCGCCGCGCCCCCGACCGCGAGCUGCUGGCCAGCGUCAUCCGCCAGCAGGGGCUGGCGCUGUCGCCGCGCGAGACGCAGGGCGUCAUCAAGUGCGCCCACCUGCUGGGCACCGUGCUGGCGCGCGCCAUCGAGCGCUCCGCCCGCGCCGCGCGCAAGCACAACAUGACGCUCGACCUGCACGACGCCGCGCCCCCCGCGCCCCCCGCGCCCUCCGCGCCCUCCGCGCCCUCCAGCGCCUCCGCCACCACGCAGACCGACAUCUCGCUGCCCAACACGCGCAGCGCGCCGCGCAUCUUCGAGAACAUUCUGCGCCAGCUGUCGCGGAGCUCACUCGACGUCGACAAGGAUAAGGGCGAGCCCAAGCCGGACUCCGGCGCGGAGGCGAGCACUCAGCAAGCGAGCAGUGACCCGCCGAGCGAUCCUCGCCCCGAGCUGUGA